AUGAAGACUCGUACUAUAUUUGCCCUUCUUACGAGUGUUGCAUGUGCUAAACAUGCAGUCAAAACUGGUCUGGACGUUUUGAUCGAAAGCAAUUACACACAGCUGGCUGGCCGAAAAGUCAUUGUACUUACUAAUCCAACUGGCGUGACUCCAGAGUUGGAUCUUGGGGUUGAUGUGAUGUACAACUCUGGCGCCGUUGAUCUCGUUGGUGUCAUGGGCCCUGAGCAUGGUUUCAGGGGUACAGCCCAAGCAGGAGGCUCAGAAGGGACUUUUAUCGAUCCGGAGACUGGUUUGACAGAUGCGUACAAUGUCAACACGAGCACUCUUGUCAGUUAUAUCAAAGAAUCUGGGGCAGACACUGUGCUAUUUGACAUACAAGAUGUCGGAGCUCGAUUCUAUACAUAUACGUGGGCCAUGUAUGACACAAUGGUGGCUGCAGCCAUUUCAAAUGCGACAUUUGUUGUCGUAGACCGCCCAAACCCUAUCACAGGAUUGAAUGCAUUUGGUCCGGUACUCAAUGAGAGCUAUGCAUCUUAUGUUGGACGGCGUCCUAUUGCACAAGCCCAUGGCAUGACGACGGGCGAGCUGGCAUCGAUGUUUGUCGGAGAAAAGUGGAUUCAGGAAGCAUCCAACGGUUCAGACUUAAAUUUAGAGGUCCUUAAAAUGAAGGGGUGGAAGAGAUCGAUGACCUGGAAGGAUACUGGUCUUCCUUGGAUCAUGCCAAGUCCAAAUAUGCCGACUCCGGAUACAGCUCUGAUUUACCCUGGUGCCUGCAUGUUUGAAGGGACCAGCCUGUCCGAGGGACGUGGAACAACUCGACCAUUUGAAUUACUUGGCGGCUCCUUCACGAACGAGUCAUGGGUUGAUACAAUGCGAGCACUCAAUAUCACUAACACGAACUUCCGUACUGCUUGUUUCAGCCCGACAACAUCAAAAUUUCAGUCGCAGACCGUUUGUGGACUUCAAAGCUACAUCUUCCUUGAUUCAACCUCCGACUACAAGGACUUUGAUCCGGUGUUCCUAGGAGUGUCGUUGCUUUGGAGCGCCAAACAUUUAUACACUGUGGGAGGCAACGACACAGGGUUUGGUAACACAACGCAAAGCUUCCAUUGGCUUUUCAAUGGUUCUAACACGAGCCUGUAUGAUGUGGAUGUGUUAACUGGUGGAUCUUUGGUCCGGGAAGGUAUCGAGGCUGGGCUCUCUCCGGAUGAGAUUCGGUCGCAGUGGGAGGUGGAUUUGCAGGCUUUCAAGAAGAAGCGGGCAUCUUAUCUUCUGUAUUGA